CUGAUCUUCCAUCAUUGCGUAAUCCAGAGAUUCUCAUUGGUCAAAAAGAUCUUACUGCUUUAUCUUAUUUAAAUGAAUCUGAAGUUUUAUAUAAUCUUGAAUCUCGUUUUAAUAAAUCUCAAAUUUAUACAAAAUGUGGAAUUGUCUUAGUUACAAUAAAUCUUUAUGAAUAUUUAUCUAUCUAUGGAAAUGAUACAAUUCAAUUGUAUCAUGAUCAAGAUAUUCAAUUAUUAGAACCACAUAUAUUUGCAACAGCUGAAUUAGCUUAUCAAUCAAUGGUGAAUUUUAUGAAAAAUCAAUCAAUUAUUGUUUCAGGUGAAUCAGGAGCAGGAAAAACUGUUAGUGCUAAAUAUGCAAUGAGAUAUUUUGCAAAUGUUGCAUCAAAUCCAAUUAUGGAAGCAAUUGGAAAUGCAAAAACAAUAAGAAAUGAUAACUCAUCACGAUUUGGAAAAUAUAUUGAAAUUGGUUUUUUAAAAUAUCAUAUUUGUGGUGCAUCUAUGAGAACUUAUCUAUUAGAAAAAUCAAGAGUUGUUUAUCAAGCACCGGAUGAACGAAAUGAUCAUAUAUUUUAUCAAUUAUGUACACAAUUUAAUCAACCCGAAAUGAAAUCUCUUGCUUUAUGUAAGUUUAUUCAUAUUUAUUUUCUUUAUUAACAUUGUCUUACUCAUCAUCCAUAUAUUCACUGAUUAUGUUCUAAUUAUGACUAAAAUUUAACAAGAAGAAAAGAACCGAAUUCUAGGAUUUUAUUAGAACUUCGCCAACAGGAUAUUCAUCAAUGGUAAAAAUUCAUUGUACUUUCGACGAUUAGCAAAAUUUCAGAGGAUGUAUUGACGAAAACACAAUACAGUUUCACCAAUUGUCAUAAAACAAUGUCAAUAUAUAAUACAUGUCAGUUCAAUUAACGAAAUUCCAGGGAAGGGUGUGGGUGUGGGUGUGGGUGUGGGUGUGGGUGUGGGUGUGGGUG